UAUAUAAGCAAGAUGAUGAGAGAGCAGCAGUGAAUCAAGCACCGAGCGCACCAAGGAGUAGUUCACCGAGAGCCGUAACAUCCGGGGAUGGACAAGGUGACGAAGCUGGCUUCGCAGCGAGCUGUGGUCAUCUUCAGCCGGAGCUCCUGCUGCUUCUGCUACAGCGUGAAGAGCCUGUUCCAUGAGCUUGGCGUCAAUGCUGCCGUCCAUGAGCUGGACGAGGACCCGAGAGGUGCGGAGAUGGAGAAGGCGCUGGUGAAGCUACUGGGCCGCAAGUCGCCGGUGCCGGCCGUGUUCAUCGGCGGCAAGCUGGUCGGAUCCACGGACAGGAUCAUGACGCUCCAUCUCGGUGGGAAUCUGGUGCCGCUGCUGAGGGAUGCCGGAGCUCUCUGGCUCUAACUACACCUACUGCUACCUGUGGAUAUGCUGGCUUUGUAUGGAGUGGCUUCAGUAUGGAAGUCUCUUCCCUCUCUUUCUUCUCCGUCCUCCUGUUUGUGCGUGAUGUAUGGAAAUAAACUGCAGAGACCGAUGUCAACAAAAAUUUCUUCUUCUUCUUC